AAUUGGCAGAAGGGGAAGGAGUAGCUAUUUUGACUAAUUGAAGUCCAACGGCUAGCUGCUCAAAGAACAGGAUGGUACUUUGGAGAGUUAACCCGCACUGAAGCUGCUAAUAAACUCCUGAGUGCAGGGAAUCGCACAGGAUCCUUUCUGGUGAGACUUAGCGAGAAGCAGAACAGUAAGAACUUUGUACUGUCUGUCAGAGAUGGAUCAGAAGUGAAACAUUAUAGAAUCUAUGAGAAAGAUAACCAAUUCUACCUGAAUAACAAGAUGAUGUUUCAGGACAUUAAUACUAUUGUGAAAUAUUACGAAACUAAGGACCUCAGCACAAAUCUGAAACUGCUGCAAGCAUGCCAAAGGGGAGAGCCAAAUCUAAGAGAGUUGUCUUAUCUUACUGUGGAUGAGUGGGAAAGACCCAGGGAGGAGUUUACUUUGGUUAAAAAGAUCGGUAGCGGCAAUUUUGGAGAGGUUUAUGAAGGCCUUUGGAGGAAUACAAUGAAAGUAGCCAUCAAAGUAAUUAAAAAAGAUAUAACAAAAGAUGAUGAUUUCCAGAAGGAGGUUAAGAUAAUGAAGCAACUAAAUCAUAAGAACAUUCUCAAACUGUAUGCUGUGUCCAGUAUAGAUCCAUAUUACAUUAUAACAGAGCUGAUGGCCAAAGGAAGCCUUCUGGAUUUCCUCCGAGGUUCUGAAGGAAGGAGUCUAUCACUUCCAGAGCUCAUUGAUAUGGCAGCACAAGUCUCUGAAGGGAUGUACUAUUUGGAAACCAGCAACUUCGUCCACAGAGACCUAGCAGCCCGGAACAUACUUCUAGGAGAACACAAUAUCUGCAAGGUGGCUGACUUUGGACUAGCUAGAGUUAUAAAGGAUGAGUUUUACUUUUCGCAUGAGAAGAUCAUUCCGUACAAGUGGACUGCUCCAGAGGCUAUUAGCCAUGGAUAUUACUCUGUCAAAUCAGAUAUUUGGUCCUUUGGAGUUGUGAUGUAUGAAAUUGUCACCUAUGGUCAAAUACCUUACCCAGGGAUGAGUAGCAGUGAAGUCUUCAGUAAGAUUACCAGUGGGUACAGAAUGCCACGCCCACAAUCAUGUCCAGACGUCCUUUACCAAAUAAUGCUGCAAUGCUGGAACAUUGAUGUCGAAGAUCGGCCUUCCUUCUGUGAACUGAGAUGGUAUCUAGAUUCCCACCUCAACUAUGAAGAUGCAAGCUUAUGAACGGCUACCUACAGAAAUAUAAUAUGAACAGCUUGCAAGAUUGUCUGGUGUAGUUAGAAAGACAUUGGCACACUUUCUAAACAUGCAAAUUGUUUGCAAUGCCACAUUUGCAAUACUUUUAUCAUAUUAUGUAAAAGAUCAGUAAAGAAGCUUUUAUAAUGCAACUUCAGAACUCACUGCUGUGUGGGAAGUAUGAAUUCCUAUGCAUUUUAUUUCAUAUCGCAAGACAGAUUUGCAUUUCACAGUAAUGAUUGGUCAUGACUUUACCACAUCCUUAUGAGGAAUGAAUUCUACAUUUUCUGCAAAUAGAAGAGCUGAAGAAAUUCAUUAAUUUGCAUCCUAAAAGCUAGAAGCUUUUGCAAUAUAAAGAAUUUUAGCUCAUUUAAUAAGGCAUUUGCCAGAUCUGUACAUGUAAAGCUACUGUUUGUUCUUUCUAUUGCAUUUGCACCAUGAUUUCAGUUUUUAGAUGCCUCCCUUCAAGAUGAUUGUCCCUGUCAUUCUUAGUUGAAACAUAUACAGCUCAAUUCUUAAGUGUUAAUCAGCGGGGUAGAGCCAUAUCCCAUUGGGUAACUGGGGAGAAAAGGUACGAUGUACAACUAUUUGUAUUUAAUUUUAACAAAUCACCUGUACGCUCUUCAGCUGAUGGAAAGCACAGCAUGGUAAAGCAAGACAAUGAACUUUAAGUGUUUGAAAAAUUACUCCUGCUCUUCAAAAUGGAGACCAGAGUAUGCAGACAUAAUCAAUGACCGUGAACAGUGUAUACAGCUUCAUAUCUAAAUAGUCAGGCAUGGAGAAUAGUUCUGUGUACCUUACCACAAACACUCUAGCUUUCUGCAGGUCUCUGUCCUGUAUGUUGCUGUUUACUGCUGUAUGGGAGACUUCUGUCUUGCAGUAAACUUAUAUAUUCUGCUGGUGGCUUUUCAUGGCUCAGAAUGCAUGAACAGAAACUUGCUUAGGUAAAAAUGAAGAACAGAUGGAAUCAUUAGUACUAAUUUUUAAGAAAUGUUACUCUUGGCAGAGUUGUUUAACUUACUGGAUAUACUUGAAAGUAGUUCACACAGCUGUGCAAUUCCCAUCUAAGUAGUAAUCCAUCCACUUAAGCUGGUUGUGGUGAGCAUCUCUUUAGUGAAAGUAAAUAUUCCGUGGUAUAAUAUAUCUUGCCACCGUUGAUUUGGUGUGGUACUGUAACCGUGAUCAAGAGAUGCUCUUUUUCCUCUUAAUGGUAAGGGACUUAGUACCCAGACCGAAUAAAUUUGUACACCAUCCCUCAAGAAUAGGGCAAUAAAUUUCCUGCUGAAACCGAAUGUUUAUGGCUGUAAAAUGAUAGCAACUUAAUCAAAAUGGGAAAUAGUCCUAGAGGGAAACAAGAGCAACAAAAAAAGGAUAGAUGCAAACUCUGAUGCUUUGUACCUUCUUGUGGUUGCACUGUGUGCACACUGCAGGAUGGGACAAUAACAGAGCAUGUAAUCUAGGUUGUGUUGCGAAGGAUUAAUGCUUGAAAUAAACUGUUGGUAAAAACUCAGUUCAGCUGAAAGUGCAUCUAUUCAGUGAUACAGACACACAUGAACUGCUUUUUUAUUGAUAAUGAACCCUCCUCCCAUGCAGUUGUGUUCUGUUUUCUCAUCAAAAUUCAUUAGUGUUAUGACUGCAGGACCCUGAUGGCCUUUUGUCUAGAAAGACAGAUUAAUAUAAAUGAAAUAUCAUUGAAGUACAGAAAUUAUAGAAAGCAUACUUUAUGGUAUUUUCUCUGCACUGAAAGCUAACUAUGUAGAGUUGCACUGGCUAAUUUUGUAUUUUAAUGUGUUAAAUUCUGUUAGUCUGUCAUCUUGUGGCUACAACUUCAGUGUACAAAAGAUGGCAUAUAAAAUGUGACUAAGUGAAACCUACCACAGCUGUAGCAGGUCUUUAGUAGAGUACUCUGGUACUCCAGUGUUCCAAUUACUGGUUGUAUGGGCUCAUCUUCCCAUACUUCCACUGUGAUUUGCUUGGCAUGGCAUUCAUCUCUUUGAGAGAUGUAUUUUAUUUUUGUAGUGUUUUCACAGUAAAUGCUGGAUUGUUUAGUCUAGUUUGUAGGGGAUAAAAUGUGAACAAAAAUGCUAGUGCGGUACUGUUCAAAAUUCAUUUGGAUUUGGAAUGGUAAAAAUUGUGCACCAGGAAAGUAUGUGGCAGGUAACUGACAUUUCUUUCCAAAAUGAGUUCUAGAAACUCAAGUUUCAGAAAUGGUCUACUUAAAAAAAGGGCUCCAUUAAAUCACUUUAAUCUCUGUCUAGGGAGCACAGCUCACAAAUAGGUAACAGUAGACAUUUGUAAUUUAAAGCUGAAUCCUGUCCUGCAUAAGGAAAAAAAAAAAAAAAAAGGUUCCCACAUCAUACUUAUGAGAUCCAAGACCAUAAUGUUCAAACUUUGUAAUAAAAAUAGGUUAAACAGUGCAAGGAAGUCUGUAAAUACAGCUUUUCAGGAUGGAAGUUUUCAUAGUCCAACCCACCCUAAAAAAUGUAUACAAUAUCACAAGGGCACACAUCCUUGGGCAGCUGGAAUAAACGCACCUUCCAAUAGGUGUGAAUCCUGACAUGCAGGGUGAGAGACUUUGCUGAUCUUGGACUAGUUGCUCUCUGCUUUUGUACAGAUGGGAGUCGAGUUCAUGUAAUAGUCUGAAAAGGUACAUGAAUGUGGAAAAGUCAGGUGGUAGCAUUUACCAGCCCAGUUUGUUCAGAAAGUGCAAAUCUAAAUUAAAGCAGUGGAUUUCAAUAAUUUUUAGCUGGCUGAGCAAGAUCAAGUGUAGCCUGCACAGAAACAAGACACUUACCCUGAUCAGUGAGUGCAUGCUGCUGGAGUCCUUGCAGAAAUGCCUGCAUUUUUCCUGUGCAUGAGGGGAAGAGAGGCCACUUGAUAGGAGGCUGUUACUAUGUAUGGCAAUUUAGUGCUUUCUUGAUGCCAUAGAUUUUGAUGCAUGCAUCUACCUGUUUGUAGGGAAUAGAUGUUUGUUGCUUUGGUAAAAAUGUCUUGGACCACUCUGAACCAGCCAUGACAGUUUUGUCUCUUAUCACUACAGUUCCUCUCUUGCAUAAUUCUGGAAACUUUUACCAAAUUACUAACUCAAUCAGCCUCAUAACACAAUUAAGUGUUUCUAGGAACCUUUGGGGAAGAUGCUGUUGGACACAUUCAUUUUUAAUUCUGAAACGAAGCUCCUAUUUCAGUGAGUUUAAGGUAUUUUUUUUUUCAAAAGUUUAUAUUCCAGCCAUUCAGUAUAUAGCUGAUAUCCAAACAUGGUUUUCCCCUGAGCAACAUUUCAGGAUGAAGACCAAGUCUGCAGAGCAGUAUAGAGUGAAUCUUGAGUGCAAGGUUUGCACUAUAAAUACAUGCCUUUUUAGCCCAAUUAUUAUAUAGCAGCAGCAUACAGAGACUGAUCUUGUAAUGUCAAGAUUACAGCAGAGGUUCAGCAAACAAGGUCGGCAUGUCCACUCUGCAGCCUUGAAAACAGCAUCACUGGAUCUUAAUCUGACAGGUUGGCAUCAAGCGAGUAGAGAGGGGUCGUCUUCUAGUGAACUAACUCAGUACUAACUAGUGACUAAGCUCAGGAAGCCAGCAUAAUAAAUAAAUAUAUAUAUAUAUAUAUAUAUAUAUAUAUAUAUAUAUAUAUAUAUAUAUAUAUAUAUAUAUAUAUAUAUAUAUGGCAUUUGCGAAGGGAGAACAUCACUCCAGUGCCUAAAUGACUUGCAGCACCUUGGCAUCGGAGUCCUGCUUUCCCUUUCAGGAGAGUCUGAAAAUGCAGUUUGUUACACCGUGUUAUUUUGUGAACAAGCUGUGUUUUUUGAAACUCUUUCAGCACAAAGCUCUAUAUAUUCAUAUAUAAUUUUAAAAUGACUUUGAAGUAUUUUGCUUUUAGCUGACUCUAGAGUUGAAUGCUGAUAAAUGUAAAAAUAAAGCCUUUUUCUUUUGCAAACUGCAAGUGUAAAUGCAAUCUGUGGGACCAAAGUUUAAAUGAGUUUCCCUGACAAUCCAUGAGAACUCUUAAUUUAAAAUGUAUUUUCUUGGCUUUCAUUUUCCAAAGAAAAAAAUGCAAGGAUGUAAAAACUAUUUUUGCAUUCAAUAAACCCUUUAGGAACUUGUAUGGUGUCUGUUACACCUCCCCCAGUCCUGAGUGGUUAUACCCUUUUAUGAAGAUGCUUCACUUCAGAGGAAGUAAAACAUUUCCAUUCUGCAGGAUCUCCAAAAGUCAGGUUUAUUUUCAGUAGGACAGCAUUUUCAAAUGAAGUAUUUUCAAAUGAAAUAAAAGCGAUUAAUUACUUAAAAUGCACCUCGAGUUUUUCCUUUUAACCUGACACUUGUCUGAUAUCUAUGCCUCAUACUCCAUCCUGCUGUACAUAUCUGUGAGUCAGUCAUCAACUAAGGUUACACUCUAGCCGUUGUGCCUUGCUAGGAAUGAGAUUACAGUGCUGAUAACUUGGGAAAUAGUAUAGCUAAGGUGUCCGCUAUCAGUUUUGACCACUGUGUAAAGUAAUUAAACUGGAGUCUCCCAAGCUGUAAUACUUGGCAGUCUGAACUGCUCAGUAUGUCUCUUUGUCCACAAUGCAAGAAUUGCAGGAAAAUUUAGCAUAACAUUUUCAAAAUUUUCUAGAAUGAGAGCUCCAUUAAUUCACGACACAACACUGCAAAUGAAAUGUCAGUAUUUCACUGGAACGUAGCCAGAAAAGGUCAACCCAAAAUACUGCACAGAUAAACCAUGCAGUCCAUGUGCUCUGCAACAUACAAAAUCUAAAUGUACCAUCUCUGAGGCCAAAAAUGGAGAAGGAAAAGUACAAAAAAAAUCCUUUUGCUAUGUCACCUGACCUUUGAUAUCUUUAAAGUCCUUUAGAGGACAAAACGGAAUAACAUUCAAAGUGUAGAUGGCACCUGCCACAAAGCAACAACAAAAGUACAUACAAAGGAAAAUAAGUGUAAAAAUGCUGAACUUCAAAACAGCACAGGCUAAUAAACCAGCUAUUGGGUAAGCCUACUAGUCAGAAAAGCAUAUAGCUAUGAAGGAAUAGAAUUUCCAGAUCACAAUGGUAGGCCAAAUUAAUUCAAGGACUGUACUCUUUAACGCAAAGAUAUUGGAUUGUACUGAAUUGAACAGGCUGGCAAUAGGAUGGGUGCAGGAAAUGGAAUACAUAAGUAUUUGAAUCACUCAAUACAUAGACUUUUCAUGGCAUGAAGACUACUGAGGACAGCACUGAGCAGUUGGAGACCAAGGUGAUUGAAAUAGAGGAGUUGGGGCACCAGAAAAAAAUCUAAGGUUAUUUGCUCCAUGAGAAGAGAAGCUCAGACUGAGCAAUACAAGAGACUGGCCAGAUCACGUGGUCAGCAUACCUCCAGAGGACCCUUAAAAUUGAGAAGGGUAUACAAGGUCUUCAUUCCCUAGGACCUGAGAUCCCAUAAGACCAGCUGUGAUCAUAUCAGCUUUAAGUUCCUGGCUAAAUUUUAAAGGUGAAGGUCUGUUGUGUAUUUUGACCUAAUGUUGGAUACAUGUGUUGGGGUGGCCUUCAGCCAGCAGGUAGGUUCUGCUGACAGCAGAAAUUAUAAAUAUCACUUUUUAAUGUUGCAGUAAUGUGAUUUGAGCCACUAAAGGCCUGAACACUGGCCCAAUUUCCAGAGAAUAGCUAUCUUCUCCCUUCAGGCUGGAUGGAUGAACUCUCCCGAACUUCAGGCUGUCCUGAUACAAGAGAAAUGUCCACCCCUGCCCUCUUCAGUUCUUUCUUGCAACAAUUCAUGUGAUGACAGUGUUAGGCCUAGCUUGCAAAAUGUGCAGAUAACCUAUUUUAUUGCUAUACUUUUCUUGUGUGCCCAUUUAUCAGGAUUCGGUGGCGGUCUGAUUUGGAUUCUAAAAAAGAUUUAGCUUCUUGACUGUGAGGAGCAGAUUUCACAACAAGCAUUUCUGUGGUAGUUUUUAUGCACAACAGAUUUCUAUGUAAAUGUUUUUGCUUUUGGGACCUGAGCAAUAUGUAGCCAACUACUUGUUUUUCAAGGUUGAACCUUAAAAUAUAGGGGAGAGCAAACUCUCUCUAGAAAUACCCAAAUCAUGAAAGACGGUGCAUACCUGGCCUAAGAACACUGUAGAAUCAUAAAAUAGAAAAACAGUGAACCACACCACACUGUGAAAGAGUUUAAUAAAGCGCUAUUCGUAUGUCCUCUUUAAACUUCUUCAGAUGUAAUACAAAGAGAUUCAAACUAAUUUUAAAACAAGUGAGCAUAAACAUGUGACUAUGCUGCCUGAUUGGCUUUUUUAAAAGAAUACACUAGUUACUUUGCAACUACCACCUGCACGUUAGUGAUAUCAACAGUUAUGUUCAAUGAAAAGUUACUUAUUCAUUAUUUAACACAUAAAUACACUCAUAAAUACACUCAAGGAUAUGUUUGUUCAAAUAAAUUAUCACAAAACUUGUGUUUGUGACGUACUUAAACUUUACACUUGAAAUUGCAAAUGCUAUCUUCUCAAACUCUUAAGUUUGAGGAGACAUGUAGUAGCACACAUCAUUGAUGCCUGGAUAGUUAUGGGCAUUUAAAAGCAAUUGCCAGUACAAUUUCAAUUCUUCCAGUUUCAGUGAUAUCAGCCCCCCUCUUCUAUCUAUUUGCACCUGGGCAAUGGUUUUAACUUUGUGUGGCCUCCUAAUAAAGAAGAGUUUUGCCAGUGUGGUCUACUUUGUCUGUCAAUAGCAUAUAUAUGCUCAUAAAUGUGGUCGCGGAGUCUACGCUCCAUUUUGCCUAUAUAAAAAAACAGAACAGUCUUGACAAUUAGCUAAAUGAACAAUAUACUUUGAUUUGCAUUUAAAUCUAUUCUUUAAAAAGUAUGUUUUAUCUUUAACUACAAAACUGUUUCCUGUCUAUGAAAUUGCAGUAUCUGCACAUACCGCAUUUAACCAUUCCCAGAAAUCUAAAUGCAGUUGUCUUCUUACUAGUACAUUUUUAAGGUUGCCUCCACGUCUAUAAACUAUCUUUGGGAAGUUGCCUACUUUAUUCAUAAGGAAAGUGUCACUACGUAAUAAGUCCUAUUUCUUGUGAAUGUAUGAUACUGUAGAACUGCUGACAUUAAAAGUAGUGACUAAUCUAAUAUUAAAUUCUGUAACUUCCGUACUGGUUUUAGGAAGAGUCAACUGAGAAUUUUCUAAGGAAGGUGGAGCGUCUAUACCAUAAGAGUUGGUUAUAUUGGCCUAGAAUUUAACUGGGCCUAAUAUAGGUACUUGCGUACCAUUAGAUCUUUUGUAUUUAACUUAUAUUAGUGUGGCAACCAUUUCCUUAGGAUAGGCUCCUCUCAAAAAUAAAUUCCUGAGAUUUUGUCAUUCUGCAAUAGUCUAAAAUUCCCACUGCUCUCACCAGUUGCCCCUUAACCACCAAGUGUUUUUGGUGGUAAGGGUGGUAGCUGGAGAAAUGCAGACAAAAGAAAACUUGUUGUGAGAAGAUAGCAUUUGCAAUUUCAAGUAUGUCACAAACAAGUUUUGUGAAUUUAUUUGAACAAACAUAUCCUUGAAUGUAUUUUGUAUGUGUUCAAUAAAAAGUUACCUAUUCAUUAUUUAACAUGUGUUGAUAUCACUUUAAAGAGCAGGUGGUAGUUGCAAAGUAACUAGCGUAUUCUUUUAUAUUGCCUAAUUGGCUUUUUUAGUCACAUGUUUUAAAAUGAGUUUGAAUCUUUGUAUUAUAUCUGAAGAAGUUUAACGAGGACAGACAAAAAGUGCAUUGUUAAACUCUUUCACAGUGCGGUGUGGUCCACUGGUUUUUAUUUUAGUUUUGUAGUUUUUCCACAUUUUCAACACUGUAGAAUCAGCCAAAUCCUUUAGCAUCCCUUCCAGAAAGAAGCUUGUAGUGCUCCAAUGAGGAGUUCAGGAAACUAGCAUUCCAUUAGACUGCUUAUGAUAACUAGUUUUUGUCAAUUUGCUUUUCAGUCCCCCAACUUGGUAUCAUCCAUCGAGGCUUCUGGCAUUAUCCAUUUGUAGGCCACAACAAACUUGGUCAGUGACAUGUUUCCCGUGCUAAAUCCCAUCAGGUGUCCGAUGGUACAGAUUCCUUUCCAUGGAUGUCUGGUUCUGAUACUCUUGUUAAGGACAGGAAUGCAUCCACUUGUCCCUUGCUGGCCUUUGGUUCUUGGACUGAGGUUUUGGGUAUCCACCCACAUUCCAUGCCCUCCAAGGUGGUGUCCAUUCCUAAGCCCAUUACCAAGUCAUCUGAAGCAGCUAUUGAAUGGGCCAUCAUAAACUCCUUAACAAUUUUCCUUCUUGGAUUAGUAAAUCUCACUUAUGGUUUUAUAUUUUUCCUGAAAAUACCCAGCAGUAUAGCGAGAGCCCAUGUCUAGGAUACUCCAUCCCCAAGAGGAGGUAUCUCUCCUCUUCUAAAGUUUCAAACUGAUUGUGGAUAAUGUAGCCUAUAUAGAUCAGCUGUCCUCUCCCCUGGAGUCUGAAGAUAUGCUAUCUUCUGCAUCUCUCAUAGGAUGAAAAAUCACUUCAAAUAGGCAAAGGAAUUCACUCUAUUUUGGGUUAUAGUGUUCUGGCCAUAUUGCAUUCUAAGCCCUGGUCAAGCCUCCACUAAAGUUUUGUCUGAUGGCACUUCCUAAUUCAUCUUUGGAGCCUGAUUCCAAACAACUUCCUCGUAGAAAGCCUUGCCAUUUUCACAGGAUAAAAACAUUCCUUUACUUGCUUAAGAAUCCUAUUGUGGAUCAUCUGUGGUACUCUUAUUUUCCAGCAAGGGAGCUAUUGUGGCUCCAACAAGAAAUAUAAUUGCCCAAGAGGAUGGAAAGUAAGGUAUGUAAUAGAACUGGGAAGGACCUUUACCUUAAUCUCUACUGGCCUGGACUUCAGAACCUUAAACUGACACACAACUCGCACAUCCAGGGAGCUUUAUUCUGACAUAAGGACAAGGCUGAGGGGGUACAGUAAGGACCCAAAAGGACUAUGCAACCUCAGGUCAGCAAGGACUCUAAAAUGUGGCUGUAGUACUUUGGAGGAGCUACAAGACCAGUGUUCAGGAGACAUACCUGGCUGAGGAAAUGGCAUCAGUCAGGCCAUGUGAAAGUAGAAUUCUUUAAUGGCCUCAUUAGACAAGGAAAUUUGUUUGGACCCUCUGCAGAAAAGGUACUUGCAAAACUGGAGAAAAAGGGGAAGGUUAUUUAGUUUGUAAAUCAGUAGACCCCCCUACACACACACCACACCACCACAAAAAGCUAGCAAUUCUAACAAAGGCUGGAACAAGGCAAACACCAGGAAAAGUAAGGAAGUGUUCAUGUGGGCUUCCUCCAGGUGCUCUGCUUUCCUCCCACUUUCCAAAGGCAUGUAGUAGGUGCAUUGGACACUCUAAAGUGGUCAUAGGAGUAAGUGUGCAUGUAUGUGUGUGAUAUGGAUAUGAUAUGGAAGAACUGCAGCAGGACUAGCCACCCACCUAUGUGAACUUUAGCUCUAGGUGAUUCAUUGAAAUGUAUAUCCCUAUAGCCAGCGGACUUGGUUUCUCAUGUUUGAAGCAGGGAAUUUAAAUUACCUCUUGAUAUUCUUACUUUCAAUUUAUUUGCUGCACCUACAGUGUUUCUAAGGUGCUUUGCUCCAGUAAUUGCUUUUUUUAGAAGCAAGGGAAUUUGCAUCUCUCCAUGUCUAGACAAAUCUGUUUCAAGCAGCAAUCCUAAGAGAUGGCAAGUAGAUCUUCAAUUCAGUUUGGCUUUCUUUUCAGUCUCUCAACCUGCUUCCUAGGGCCACUACUAAAUAUGGAGCCCCAGAGGGCCAUCCUUCAGACAAGGUAAUCUUUCCGGCAAACUGCUUCCUAGUAAUUAAACUGAACAGUUUUCUGAAUGGGAACACUGUGUGCUGGGCUACAUGGCAUCUUCCAUGCUGUUGGUACCCCUAGCAAAGCUAAUCAGACUCUUGAUUCUUAGGGUUUCUAAUACUGUGACAGAAAUGGGACCCAUUCAUAAAUCAAGUGUGAUUAAACUUAAUGAAAUUAGUAUUUCUUCAGUCUGUCUGCCAAGAGUGCACUGCUAAACACACACACAGGUGCGCGCACUCUUUACCCAGCUACCUAGGUCUCUGAAAUUUCAAUUAAAUUUAUGUUGCUACUAUUGCUUGAUCUAUCUUGGUGUCUUAAUUCAUCAUUGCUCUAGUUUCUGCUUGUAUAUCUUUGUACAUUUGUAUGCAAAACAAUGUAGUUGCAGCUAGGUCAAUGAUUAAUGCCACUUCUUUCCUUGGACCACCAUAUCUGGUUUUCAUGCUUCUUUCUUGAUUGUCACAGUUGGAUAAUGCCAUUGGAUCAGUGCUUAGUUUUCAGUAAUUCAUUUUGUUUUAUGUUCCCAGUGCUUCUCAGCUUGCCUGUAUGUUGGCUACUUACAAGGGUGGUAUGUGGAGUCAGCACACCAGUUCACUGCAGUGUCCUGUUUGCCUGCUUCUCUUUAUCGAAAAAUAAAGCUUUCACAGUGAAUUAGCAGAUAAAACUGUCAUUUUCCCUUCAAACAAGGUUGAGACAUCCAGACACUUAUGAAAGAUCCUCAGACAUAUUGUAGGGGGAGGGGUACAUGGAUGCCUUUGGUCAAAGCAGCAUUGGUUUUCCCUCCUAUUGAGUCAGUAAAUAACAGAAUCCAUUUUCUGCUCAGCUUGUGAAUCUUUUGACUCCGAACAAGGGAUCGCUUGUAUCCCCAUCCUGAAGAAUCCAAGGCUGACUGUACUGAUACUAAAAAUGACAGGAGUGCUCAAUUGUUUCAAAGAGCAUACAUCACAUAUGAAAGGAGUCUAGGAAGUCCAAUAUGGCAAGUCCUAGUGGGGAAAGAUUCUUGACCUUUGGAACAGUUUACUUUCAGUAUUUGUUUGGAAUGAGAACUGUGUGGAUUUAACUGCUGUGCUCACUCGGGCCCAGUGGCUACGAUUUGAAUGAUUCUGCUCUUUGUAACAACAUGGAAUUUGCUUUUCUAAUGUACAAAAGCCUGGAAAUUGCAUCGUUUAUGCCUACUUACUUGACUGUUGUAUUUGAUAGUUCUUUUAGUGUUAUGCAUAUUUAGUUUUGUUUAUUAAUAAAAGAUCACUUUAAAUGAAUUUAAGCGAACUUGUAGUGCUUUUGAGGAAGUUAGUCUUGAAAGAGGUGUUGCUGGCUGAACUACUACCCUGUGACAGUCCCGCAAACUUGCACUCCACCCCCUCAGAAGUUCUUCAGGUGAAGAGUUAGGGGAAAAAAAAAGCCAAAUGCCUUUCCAGUAACAGCAACUGUCCCCUUUGCACCCCCCUGCUGUGCUACUGCUAAAUAAAAUAGGUAACCACAUGGAGGAGACAUUAUGUGGGUGGCUGGUCUUCCUCUGCUCAUCUGCACCCCAUUGCAGUGACUAAUGGGUCUGCAGUAGGCAAGCUAAGCACACACUCCCAUGAGGAACACGCUGCAGCCAUCAAUAUCCUAUAUUCAUUUAGGAACCAAUACCCCAGCAAGGGGGACGAUCUGGCCAGGUUCUGAUUUUGUAUCCCAUGUUGUAUAUGCCAUUUACAAUAAUGCCUGCCUCUCCCAGCUUGGGCACUUUCUGGGAAAAAUGCCACAGCAGGGGUGGGAGGGUACAUGUUUUUACCUCCUCCAGGAAAGCCUCCAACCUUGGGAAUGGCAUCUUUCAUCACACCAAGAGGAAGAUGGCUGUUUUUGGAAUGGUCAUACCAUUUGCAUUGAAGAUACCCUUAUUAACAAAUAACCUAGCCUAUUUUUUGGUAGUGCUGAACUCUGGUUAUGACAAAGAUGAAAGUUUCUUGUCAGAUUUUCUGUCUAUGGUGGUCUCCUUUAGAGCUGCUGCAGAAAGUGUUUUCAGUGGUUUGGCAAUGGAACUGUUGAACAGUCGGAGAUGUCUUGCAUUGAGAAUGCUGUCUCAGUCAAGGAGUUUUUAUUGUGCCCCCCACAGAGAAUGGAAGAAAGAUUAUGCAGAUAGUCCAUCCACCAAAUCAACAUUUUAAGCAGGACAAGGGCUUUGCAAAAAGACAUAGGAAAGUGGCAGGGGUAGUAGGCCUCCUCCCAGCUGAAAAUCUCCGUUCUGACUAUACCCCCCUUUCACUACCUCUAUUUUGUUGGAGAGAGAGUGGAUCUUUUCAAGGAAAAAAUGUUUGGGACCACAGAGCUAGGAAUAAGAACUAAAUCCAUUUGGGUGCAAAAAAGGAGCUUAAACAUCCAUGCCUUUAAUGCCUCUACUGUCCCAAGACCACAUUUCUUCGAGUCCCACCAGGGAUCAGCUUCUCAAUGAUGGGUUCUAUUAGAGCAUGUAUAGGGUUCUAUUCAAGCAUCUUUUUGGUACGCAAGAAAGUCUGCCCUUAGAAGUUCCUAUUGAAUGUGCCCAAAUUGAACCAAUUCUGUAAUUUAAGUAAAUUUGAAACACUUAAGGGCAAAGGAAGAAAGGCUUUAAGGUAAUUUCCUAUUGCACAACACUAUUUACAGAGCUAAACCCCCCCUCAGGCUCAUACCUGGAACAGUGCAUUUCCAGUUUACCUCCUUGCCAUCUGGGCUGUCCACUGUGCUCAAGGUAUUCAGAACACUGAAUUUCAUUAAUACCUACUCAUGCUUGGAUGACUGCCUCAGAGUACUUUCCCGUGAGUUCUGGUAAAGAUCACCUUGCACACCUCACAGGAGUACCUCUUGUGGAAUAAUCUGCCACCAGUGCAAGUUUGUAGUCCCCCCCCCCCCCCCCCAGAAAAAAAAAAAAAAGAAAAACACUUCUGCAUAACUGCCUAUGCAAACAACAGGGAAGAGCCCCCACGACAGCAAGUUCCGUCGUGUGAAUGUUAAAUUCCAUCCUCAUGGGUCCAUUACCGUGCUGUACACCAGCUGGAUCAUGUGCUCUAGAAGGAACUUAAGGCUGCAGCAUCUUCACUCAGUGCAAAUUGUUUUAAUGUACAAGCUACUGAAAAAGCUCAGAUGGCUGGCAACACGCAAAUAACACUGAGGUGCUAUUUGUGACCUCUAAGGGUUGCAGACCCUGAUUAUUGGGCUUUAACUUUGCUUUGGGAGCUCAUAUGUCACCUAACUUCACACAGAAGGUAAAGCACCUAGAUCUAGGACACUGAUGUGCUUGGACCUACUUGUACUCAUCUAUGCUACUUGGGAGAAGAGUGGUCUUCAGAGGGGUCAGACUACACCAGAGUCAUCUAGAUCAGCAGAAAGACAGAACUUGCUCCUACCAACUUGCAGAUUGGCCACAAUAGCCUAGGAUUUUUCUGGUUAGCAGAAGCUUUCCCUUCAUGGUCCCUACAGUCUUUCACCAAUAACUAUGCAGACCAGUUGAGCAGGUCCACUGCCAACCUCUAUCAAUGGAAGUUAGAUGUCCAAGUAUUGCAGCCUAACAUGAAAGUGGUGGAUCAAGGACUUAUUUGUUUCCUGUUUAAACCACCAGUUCAGGAAAAUUUGUUCCAAGUAGUGGUGCAGUAAAGCCUUCUCAGCCCAGUGGAGGAAAAAUCUCUUGUAUGCUUGGAAGGGCAGAUUUUAUAAUUAUAGGUUCAUCGGUAUGUGCUGGGCUAGCUGUCCUUGCAGGCCAUUUUAAGCUUAGCCAGUUCCCAUUUUUGUACUUAAAAUAGCCUGUCCCAUUUAGAUUGCCUUUACCCAUCCCAUGGUUGAUAAUUAUAAAUGAUCCUGAAUGAGAAUAACUGGGAUCAUACCAUAUAUAAUGAGGGGGACCCAUGCAUGCAAUAAAAGCCUGUCAAAUCUGCAUCUCUCCAUUAGUACAGGAGGCAGGCUUGGGGACCCAUGCAUGCAAUAAAAGCAUGUAGAAUCUGCAUCUCUCCAUUAGUACAGGAGGCAGGCUUGGGGUAAAUUUUCCAUUUCCAAUCCAUAGAUCUAAGUUGCCCUUGAAAAUGGAUAGGGAUGAACUUUGUUUUAUGUGAAUGAGGAUUUUGUUCCACAGCACAAUAUCUUUUGAGGAUAUACCUGUCCCAUCAAACCAUUCUGUUGAUGUUGCAGAAGAGGUUUAGAUUCCUAAUUUGAUUCCAUUUGACUUGCUGAUGUGCAAUACAUCCAUGAGUAAUGGGUUAGAAGAUGCCUUGUAUGCCAGAUACAGGUUAGCUCUUAGCAGUCUGUAAGAUGCACAGUACAGUGACAGGGUUCUGAGUCGGUCUAUGUAGGACAUGUUUAGGCCUUGUAUCCUUUAAGGAUAUGUUAUCCUGAUAACCUUUUGGCCAUGGUAGCCCUUUUUCUUUCAGCUGGUACAGCUAAGGGAGGAAAUCCUUUCUAACUCUUUAUUCAUUACUAACUCUAAGGAGGAGCCCUGCUAUAUCGGGACAUAACCUGAUUGUAGGAUAGUAACCUUGUCCUAUUAUGAAAUUAUUUUUUUCACACCCUGCAAUUAGUCAAUAAACCUACUUCCAGGAACCUGACUCUCAGAAGUAAUUCCUUGCUAAAUGGAAUAGAUUUUCUACCUGGUAUAUAGACCAUGUCAUACUACCAAAGGUAACAUCGGUCUUUGGAGAUCAUGCUGUGUUUCUGGACCCCUUUAAGGGUCUGACUUUCUCCUCAGUUAAUAACCAUUAUCAGCUACUUCAUGUAGCACUUAACCUCCUGUCAAGCAGUUUUUGAAAGGACUUCACUUGAGAUUCUUGGGCCACAGCCUUCCUCCUUGGGACCUAACCUUUGUAACUGAAAAAUCAAAUUUUGACUCCCAUUUGAACCUGCAAGCACAGCACCACUAAAAUCCCUACUUUGGAACACUUUGGUCAUUACCUCUGCAAGUAUGUGCCUAUAGGCCUUUGUGUAAGAAAUCUGCUGUCUUGCAUGGCCAUGGAAUGACACUUGGGACUAGGCCCCCUCUCUUGCAGAUGGUUUUAGAACCAGUAAUGAAUCAAACUGCAAAGUAACCAUUUGUACUCAGAACUUAAUGUUUGUGUACAGACUUUUGAAAUGACAUUGAAAGCACCAAGGAUUUAGGCAAAUUGAGGGACUUUGAAUUUCCUUUGUUAAUGAUUUGCCAAAUUACUUGGGGCUUUGUGAGCCCCAAGUGAAGACUGCUCAGUCACUGGUAAAGUCCCAAUUUACAAACAUGAUCUGUUUUACCAGCUGAUAACACUUUGGUUACGAUACAUCAGUUUUUUUUUAGAAAUCUGAUCCAUCCAGUCUGAAUGAUUCCUCUGUACUUUCUCACAUGUCUGACUGAACUAUUUAUCUUGCUCUGUAACACCUGUUUUCCAUAGACAAUAUAAACUCCAAUUUAUUCUUCAACCACAUGGCUUUCUGCAGAUGAUCCAGGUGUUUUUUGCCACCAUGCCUGCCGUGACAACCUAGACUCUAACGAGACAGUGCACUUUUUUUUUCUGUCCCCUUUGAACUGUUAUCUCUGGAGCAAUCAUUCAGGCAGCCAUGAGGGUGCUUUGCUCUGUCAGUGACAUCCUGAUAAUAGCAUUUGGAUGAUGGCUUAAUCAUUUUGCGAAUGGUGAUGUGAGCACUUGUUUAAUGGCAAGGAGUGCCAGUGUCCAUCUGUCUGCAUGUGUGUUCUACCACAUUCAACAAGGGCUUAUUAAUGGUUUGGGUGGUCACUCCCAUGCCUUUCCUGCACUGGAUCCUAAAGCCAUUCCUCUGCUCUUCAGCAGGGUUUCCCAUGAGACCAGUCCUCACUAGCUGAUAGGGACUAGUGUCCUGCCAUGACAUUUUCCCAGCCUAUGCUCUGAGGCACCGGCAUUGCUUACUUAAUUGAAUUAAUAUAGAACAUAGUCUAGUAUAUAUAUAUAUAUAUUUUUUUUUUGCUUUCUGUACUGAGGGGGGAGAUUGCACCCAGUUCAAUAUGAAUGAGGUAAUCAUUUCUUUUUUUUUUUGGGGGGGGUGGUCUUGGCAACAUUCGAGUGACCAGGUCAGUUGCUGGAGGGGCAGUGGGAUUGUGUGGCCAGGUGCCUGGUUCUUUCUUUGAGGAAGGCAAAUUGACUCUGAACUAAACUGUAAAAACUUGAUAGGAGAAACCCCACAUCUUAAACAUAUUCUGCCUUCCAAGAUGCAUGCUCUGUAGCAAGCAACAUAGUUGCUAUUUAUUCAGUCCUGAAAUAUGGUGCCAAAAUAUGACUGAAAAUCCAGACUUACUGAGAUUUCCAUUUCUUAGAAUAUUCCCUUUUCUCUAAGGCAUGGUGAUUUGGAGUCAUUGCCCCCCCCCCCCCAUUAGAGGUUCAGUGUAGCUUUCCUUCCUGCAAAAAAAAAAAAAUAAUAAUUUUAAAGAGCAAUAUUCAUUCUGUAUUUUGAGAGACUGCAUUAAGUAUUGAUUUUUCAGUAAGGACCCAUUAUAACUUUCUAACUCUUGGUUCAAGAAUUUGGGGGCAAAGGCCCAAAAUCAGAGACUGAUUUUAAAUAUACAACUACAAAGAUUUUAAAUAUUACUUUUAUACAUUAAAAAUUUGUUGGAAUAACAAGUGAUGCAUUAGCAUACAUUUUCUGAAAUGAACGGUCAGUUAGUGAGAGCUAUCCUCAAUGAUUUGCUAGAAAGCCGCAAAUUUUAUGAACAGACCAAUAUAUCUGCCAAAAUCAUUGUCAGAUGAGAGCUAUGGCAUGCAUACCACAUGGCGUAUCCCUGGGAUGGAGAGAAAGUAGGAAUAAACAGCUCCUGGUCAACGAAUGAAGGUGGGGGCAGUAUUGACAUGCCUGGCAUUUCUAUAAGUAGCAGUAGGAGAAGUGGGGACUAAUCCAGAAAGCUGAAAGUUAUAAGGCUGCAGAAUGGAGGAAGAAAAACACAAAAAUACUUGCUACUUGCCUGCCCACAUAGGAUCAUAGCAGUUUACUAGGCUAACAACACAGAAGUCAUUUCAACCCUAGCUGUUUCAUCCCAAUGUAAUACCAUGGAUAUGCUAGUCAGUACUCUGGACUGCAUUUAUUGAUGGCUGCCCGUGUCCAGGAGGGUUGUGGGCACUAUCCCUGGUAAAAAAAUUUACAGUGCCCCAUCCACUCGUCUAGGUUCCUGUUGAACAGUAUCAUAGACGUACCCUGUUUCACAUGAAUUGGUAGCAUGUCCUAAAGACACUGCAGUCACUGGGAGACAAAUCUGCCCAUUGAGCAUGUCCUAUUUAAGUCACAGGACAUAUUUUGGUCCCUGAAACCAGGUAGCUCUAGUCCCGUUUGAUAUACAGCAAGUUCAACACACAUUGGUGUAAUUGAGACUGACUUUUUAGAUCCGUGAUCUGACCAAAUGUUUGCUCACAUAGUGUGCUGGGCAGGCAGAUAGGUGUCUUGUAACCAGGUAGUCAUUCUAAUUGACAGUGAUUGGUCCAUGAGACUUUGCUGAAUAGCUUUUCAGUAAAGCACAAUUCGCAAAGUAAGAAACUUGGGCAUCUAAACCAGUUUCCUUGUAUUUUUGUUAGAGAUGAACCCAUCCACCCCCAAAUCUAUCAUCUAGAACUCUAAAGUUAUACAACCUUGGAGAAGGAAAGUUCUGUCUUCUCCAAGGUUAUUUGACACUAGUGUUGCAGUGCUGAGAUUGGUGCCCGUCACAUAUGGGGAAUUUGCCACUGUACAUCUAAAUGUCUGAAAAUAGUAUUUAACUGAAUCAGUGAAAUGCAUAUUUAGUUAAUUUCAAAGGAAAUUCAUCCCACAAUGUGCUGUUAGCAAGGAUGUAUUUUAAAGGCUUGGCUUUAUAUAGGUAAUUAGUUUAACAUCAUAUGGAAUUAGUUUAACAGCUGUCAAGACAUUUACUGGCAGUAUUGUGUUUGACUUUGUGUGUAGACUUUGAAGAUUGAUAAAGGAACACUUAAUAUUCUACAUUUUUGGAUGCAUAUAAAAAGGGGUUGUUGCCCUUAAUGACUGGUAGUGCCUGUUGACAUAGGCUUUGUCAGAGUUUUAUAGGCAUUUGGCAGGUUUUACAAAUCGUGGGUAACCAAGAGAUGGUGGCAAUUGCAUACUUUGAAGCCACUAAUUCUUGCAGUUCCAUCAGAAGUAGAUGUCAGAAGUAGAUGUCUGCUGCUCUCCAUAACAUGCUUCUCUCUCCACUAUUACUCUAUGCCCUCAGAGUUUGACUUUCCAUUUGAAGCUUUUCAAACUGUUUUUAAAGUUUUUAGGAUGUCUUCUGUUUUUAAAUGGACUUUUUUGUGAUGAAAACCAUAUGGGCAUCCCUCAUAUAUUCAUCAGGUUCUUCUGAUCCUUUGGGGUACCAAUUAUCUUGUCUUUGUGCAGUAAAUCCACAAUAUCAUCUUUGUUUUCAGGUUAUUCAUAUUUCCAUUUUUGAUAUGGGCUUGCUACAUCCCUGCUUAGUGUCUUAGGAUGUAGCAUUCCAGUACACUUCCCCUGAACAGACACAAUUGCAUAGUCAUGUACCUGUAAUGACUGAAGAGUACAGGGUUACUGUUCCAACUGUGUCCCCUGAGAUAAUGCUGCAUGGAUAAUCACUUCCAUACACCUUGGCUGUACUGCAGCGAUAGCUAUCCUCCCUCAUGAGUGACUGAUAUUUCCUCUGCAUGGGCUAUGCCGAGAAAGUCUGUCCACUUACUGCAACGAGAUGCAGGAACAUACCCCCACCUUACUGGUUGUGCUACAGAGAUAAUACCCCCCCGGCAGUGGUAAUUGUCCUUGAUAAAUGAUGGCUGUUCCCUCUCUGUGGGGUGUAUUAUAAGUCACCCCAUGCCCCCUUAGCUGUGCUGUAGGAGUAGCAAUUCACAAAGAUUUUGCUAUAGUGAUUCACUGCUACCCCAGAACUGCAUUGUGUAAAUCUUAGCUUUAUAACUUAAAAUAAUGAAAUGGGCAAGAUCUUCAAUGGCUCUAUUUGUGCCGGUCCAAAGUUUACUAGGGAAGUAGUUUAAAUUUCUAUAAUGUAUAGUUUUCUGACAUGUUCACACACACUAUCACAUAACAUGCUGCCAUAUUUUUAAAAUCAGCAGAGUUCAAGCAUUUGUUUUUUAGUCGCUGCUGAAAUUAAGAUGCAAUGUAUUUUCAGUGUUAAACAUGGGUUAAGCAUUUUAGUUUACUGAGUGUGGUAAAUGUGCAAAAUUCUUACAUUUUAUGUAGUAUAUUUAUGUAUAAAUUAAUGUUGUCUGUUCCCUGUCUAUGGGUUAGGAGGCACCUCAUUUCUUGGUUUAAUGUUGUACAAAGUCACUCAAUCUCCUUGGCUGUGCUGAAGUGGUAGUGACCCCCCCCCCCCAAA